AUGACAGUGCCAUCUGAAAUAGCAAUGAACAUCCGCAUUCUAAAAGCACUGGGGGAAAUGCUCCCAGAUGGCCCGGCAAGGCACUUUAUUGUUGCAUGCACGCUUAGAAAAAUGAAAAAACCAAACGUCAUAACCGGGGAAAUGCUGUGGAGAUUUCUUUCCGUGUACUACUUUGUGUCGGAGGAGCUGGGCAUACCAAACUCCUCAAGAAACUACACGUGUUUCCACCUGGAAGACUACAUGCCGUGCGGAAAGGGCGCGCCAUAG